AUGUCGCAACGAGCAGCACUUCUUAUCGGCAAGCUUACCCACGCGCGAAAGGAAUGGCAGGAAUGUGCACAGGUAGCAACGAAGCUGCAUGAGUACCCCGAUGGCAAUCGAGACGACUUCAUCUCGAAAUGCAAAAGUGGCGAAUUCGACGGCGUGUAUGCUCUCUACCGAAGUAACGACUCGAAUUCGCUCACCGGAGACUUCAACGCAGAGCUGCUCGAUGUUCUACCGAAGAGCCUGAAGUAUGUUUGUCACAACGGCGCUGGAUAUAACAACAUCGAUGUUGCAGCUUGCACAAAAAGGGGCAUCCAAGUUUCAAGCACACCGAUAGCAGUGAAUGACGCGACUGCGGACGUUGCUAUCUGGUUGAUGUUGGGUGCAUUCCGAAAUAUCAAGCAGUCCUACAACGCAGUCAAUCAAGGCAAAUGGCGCGGAAACUUUUCGCUCGGUCACGACCCGAAGAAUAAGACGCUCGGUAUCCUGGGUAUGGGCGGCAUUGGCUCAGCGGUCGCGCAUCGUGCGAAGGCUUUCGGCAUGAAAAUACAAUACCACAACCGCAAUCAGCUCCCAGCAAGCGAAGAGAAUGGCGCGAAGUAUGUGAGCUUCGACGAGCUGCUGAAGUCGUCGGAUGUUAUCAGCUUAAAUUUAGCGCUGAAUCCCUCCACAACACACAUCAUUGGCAAGGCACAGUUCGAGCAGAUGAAGGACGGCGUCAUCAUCGUCAACACUGCUCGAGGGCCGUUGAUCGAUGAAGCAGCGUUGGUGGAUGCACUGAAGAGCGGCAAAGUCUGGACGUGUGGCCUGGAUGUGUUUGAGGAGGAGCCAAAGAUUCACCCAGGGUUGUUAGAGAGCGAGAACGCGGUGCUGCUGCCUCAUAUUGGGACAGGGACGUUCGAGACCCAACGCGAUAUGGAGCUGUUGGUUUUAGACAACCUGAAGUCGGCGAUUAAGAGCGACAAGCUGCUGACACAAGUACCCGAGCAGAAGAAGGACAAGGCGAACAUAUGA